UGCUAUAUAACUUAUAUGCAUAUGCAAAGUCUAAUAGGCCUAUACUAUAUGUUUGGUCAUCACAGUAAGAAAAUCAUAGAAAAUAACGUAUUCUUGAGAGGAAUUUUCAAGUCGAUAUUUGGGAAAACCAAGAAGAGAUAGUGGUUAAAUUUACUCUCACAUGGCUUCUUCUUCUUCUUCAUCGCCAUCAACUCAUCAUUACAGCUACGAUGUCUUCCCAAGCUUCUCCAGUAAAGAUGUCGGCAGAACUUUUCUCAGCCACUUUCUUGAAGGGUUGAAAAGCAAAGGAAUUAAAACUUUCCAAAAUAAUGGGAUCAUGAGGAGCGAGUACAUCACCACUGAGCUCGCAAGAGCUAUUGAAGAAUCAAGGAUCUCUGUCGUGAUCCUAUCUAAGAACUACCCUUCUUCUAGCUGGUGUCUGAACGAGUUGCAGCGGAUCAUGAAGUGCAAGGUUUCUUUAGGACAAAUUGUGAUGGCAAUCUUCUACGAUGUGGAUCCAUCUGAUGUGAGAGAGCAGACGGGAGAUUUUGGAAAGGUCUUCGAGGAAACUUGUUAUGGGAAGACAGACGAACAAAAGAAGAAAUGGAGGAAGGCUUUGAGUCAUGUAGCGGUUAUUGCUGGAGAACAUUCUAUUUCAUGGGCUAGUGAGGCUGAGAUGAUCUCCAAAAUCGUCAUGGAUGUUUCUAACGAGUUGCCAUCAACUGAUUUUGAUCAGUUAGUUGGAAUUGAAGCUCAUGUAGCAAAGUUGAAGGCGAUGGUGUGCCUAGAAUCGGACGAGGUGAAGGUUGUGGGGAUAUGGGGUCCUGCGGGUAUUGGUAAAGCCACCAUAGCUAGAGCUUUAUACAAUCAAGUUUCCAGAAACUUCCAACUUAAGUUUUAUAGGGAGCCAUCUUGGAAGCGUGCUUCUAACACUAUGGAAUUUCAAGAGGAGCUUCUAUCUGGAGUGUUAGACCAUAGAGACAUGAAGAUACCUAACAAACAAGAGGCAAUAUUUAGGUUAAUGCACCAGAGAGUCCUUGUCGUGAUUGACUGUGUCAGUUUUGUAGAGCUACAAGCUUUACAAAAACUAGUUCAACAGUGGUAUCUUAGAUUCGGAAGUAAAGUGAUUGUGACGAAUGCAGAUCUAUAUACAUUUACGAAUAAUGGGAUUGAACAGAUAUACAAAGUUACUUAUCCAUCGAGCGAAGAGGCUUUACAGAUCUUCUCAUACGCAGCUUUCGGGCAAAGCACUCCCCCAAGAGGUUACUUGAAGCAUGCUGUUGAAGUAACUAAGCUUAUCGAUCCUUUUCCACUUGCUCUCAAGAUCUUAGGCUCGGCUUUACGUGGGAAGAGCAAAGAGGAGUGGACAAUGGCACCGGCUAAAGUCAACACCUGUCUUGUCGACACGGAUAUUCAGAAAGCAAUUAGGUUUGCGCACGAUGGUUUAUCUAAGAAACACAAAAGGUUAUACUAUUCGUUAAGAGAAUCUAUGCAUAUUAGUAAGAACCUGAGCAACACCAUAUACACACUUUCACGGAGUGACUGGGACGUGGAGAAAGGGAUACAAACUCUAGCUGAUAUGGCUCUCAUCUCGAUAUCUGAGGGAGGAGAAAUUAUGAUGCACGAUUUGGUACAGUCAAUGUCUACAAGUUUACGUUGGACCAGGUAAGUUGUGGGAAGGGAAAAACAAUCUGCUAAAACUUGCUGCGCACACAAUAAACAAAUAUUAGAUGCUUAAAGUCUAUUUGUACAUGAGUUUAAGUUUUUUUUUCCUACAUUGUAUUUAUCUUUCUACUUGAUUAAAAUCACUUCCUAUGUUUUUGUAAAAACAUCAUCUUUAAAUUUUAUAAUGUACAACAUCGUUAUAUACUUGCCAAGUACGCAUUUAGUCAUCACCAUUAUUCGAGCGCUAAUUUUGAAGUGAGAUCCUUACAUAAGCCCACACCGGGUUGAAAUUCCCUCCUCCAGUUUGAAGUGAGAUCCUUACAUAGUUCGAAAAGGUUCUCUCCACUUAUUAAGCUGGUGACGUGAUUUAAUAUUGUCUAAUAAUGCUUUGAUUUUCUUUAAUCCUACCCAGGGAUGUAAAUUUCCAUUAGGGUUUAGGCGAAGUUUGUGUUAUUGGAAAACCGUUACUCGCUCAAAUACAAAUUAAUAAACCGAAACAGAUGAAUUGAUGUUCAUGAACCAAGAUUUCAUAUCUAAUCUUGUAAAGAAUCCAAGAAUGAAGUAGCGAUUUAAAAACAAAACCGAGUAUUUUUCCUAGAAAGAAGAUAGAAAAGAAGCUAAAACAUCCUAUACCAAAUUUCUGAUUAAAAUUAAUCAAUAUGACAAACUUCUAAUCCCACGUAGCUUUUAUUGUUGUUGAGCUGGCAGAAAUCGACCAACCCAUUAUUUCUAUCAGUUUGAUUGAUGGUUUAUGCAAUUUUGCUAUAGAAC